CAUCCAAGGAAAGUACUAUUUCCAGUGGGGCGCAGUAAAAUCAGCAAACAUCAUGCGGAGGAUGUCGGAAGACAUACAGCCCGGGGGGGAUCGGAGCUCCUGGAUAUCCAGCUGGCUUCCCACGUGGUGCCCAACUUCCCCAUCUCAACUGAGAAAUGCAGAAGAGAAGAUGCUCAAAACGGUGCAGCGGCCGUAUUCCAGGCAGCAUGUCCGCAUCUCCAAUGGGAAUAACCUGUGGACCAUCGCUUUCUCCACCCAUCUGCUGCCCUCCUGCCCUGCUCAGUCCAAGACUCCCUUGGUUCUGCUUCACGGUUUUGGCGGCGGGUUGGCCCUUUGGGCCCAAAACCUGGACGCUUUCUCUAGCCGCGGACCGGUCUACGCCCUGGACCUGCUGGGCUUCGGUCGGAGCAGCCGCCCCCAGUUCAGCACGGACCCCGGAGAAGCUGAGGAGCAGUUUGUGACAGCCUUGGAGGAAUGGAGGGAGAAGGUGGGCCUUGAGGAGAUGAUGUUGCUGGGACACAACCUGGGAGGAUACCUGGCUGCAGCUUACACACUCAAGCAUCCCAGCAGGGUGAAGCAUUUGCUGCUGGUGGAGCCGUGGGGAUUCCCCGCACGCCCAGACAACCCUAACCACUACUCCAUCCCGGUGUGGAUCAGAGCGAUGGGCGCCAUCAUGAGUCCCUUCAAUCCUCUGGCUGGUCUCAGGCUGGCCGGUCCUCUGGGUCCUAUGUUGGUACAGACCAUCAGGUCAGACUUCAAGCAGAAGUACUCGUCAGUGUUGGACGACAACACCGUCUCUGACUACAUCUACCACCUGAACGCCCAGACGCCCAGCGGAGAGACGGCCUUCAAGAACAUGACCAUCCCCUACGGCUGGGCGAAGAGGCCCAUGCUGGAGCGCAUCCACCAGGUCCAAGCCCACAUUCCCAUCUCCUUCAUCUACGGCUCUCGGUCCAGCAUCGACAGCAAGUCGGGAUGUGCGCUUAAGGAAACCCGGCCGGACGUGGGGAUUACCGUGAUCCGAGGAGCCGGUCACUACGUGUUUGCCGACCAGCCAGAAGACUUCAACCAAACCGUCCUUCAGAUUCUCGCCAGAGCGGAGGAAAAGCAAAGUUGAGAGAACCAAACUCGACACACGACUGCAAAAGUACGCCUCCUGAAUGUGCACUUUACUCCCAUGAGCACCCAUCACUGACCGGGAACGCUGGGCUCGCCAUUCCACACUCCCUGAAGCUUGGGUCCAUGUUUUAUUCUUUCUUUUUCGGGUCAUAAAACAUUUUGUAAAUAAAAGGGAUAUGUCAGAUCGUCGUGGUGUGAUUCAGAUUCUAGGAAUGUUUUUGUCGUUUUCUUUUAGAGGAACUGCUGCUGGGGUCUUGGCACGGCCGCAGCAUUCCUCUGAUCACCCCACACUGAAAUGUGGGGGAAGUAAUCAGGGCAAAGUGCUGCUGCUUUUCCACCGAGAGCUGCUCUUACCCAACAGCUGCCAGCAGGUGGCAGCACAGGAACAAGCAGUUACCUCACAGAGGGGUAACAAUCCUCCCUCCCCUCCAGGUCUCGGUCACAUACAUGUGAAGUGACCCACUCCAGAGACAGGGACAGGGAUGCUCUGAGAGCUCUCUGCUUCCUGCUAAGUCACAGCUGUGCUGACAGAACCGGGUCAGAGAUGGACUAAAAAUAGGCCUCCUGUUUGAAGGAGCUGCCGUUCAGUGAGUCUGCAGAGAGACAGGAACUAACAACAGAUUGGAGUUUUUCUUUGAAAAGGCAGCUUUGUGUUGUGUUUUGAAGUUCUGCUGUGGGGCAGCGGUUUCAGAGUGGGCAGAUGUUCAAAGCCCGAGAGGAUGCAAGGUUCCAGUGCAGUCGUGUGCUGCUAAUUCCUCAUGGAAGGUAUACGCCUGCCGGAGCGAGAAGAUGCAAGAACCACAAGUAGAACAUUUUAAUAACCCAAACGCCACAAAGGAAAAUGUAAGCAUCUAUUUACCCUGCAAGCGAACACCUUGGUUUUCUAUCAAAGAAAUCAUUUUUGUGUCUUUUUUAUAUAAAAUAAGUUGGUUUUUUUAUCACUAAGCUGCGUACGCCUUUCCUUUUCACACUUAUUUUUGUAAUAAAGUUCCUCCUGAAAUCUGUUUUUGGUCUGCUGCACGUGAGCAGAAUAAAAUAAUCCAGAAUAUAAUUCUGAAUAAAAGAGGCAAACUAAUGUCAAAA